AUGGAAGAGGAGGAAGAUGACAUCCUAACAUAUGACUUACAAUCGCAGGACCUAGGUUUGGAUGAAAAAAUUGACAUCAGAAUUGAAAUUGAGGAUGAACAAUUAGACGGAAUUCACAUCGUUCUUUCCCCAAAAAUGUGUUACGCUGCUACAUGGGAGCAUAAGGAUUUGAGAUUGUGGGAAAUUAUUGAAGGUCAACAAGACUUGAGAGAGAUCGAAAAAUUUUCAUUUGAAGAUGACAAUCUGUAUCCGGAUCCCUGUUUGACAAAUAUAUCCGAUGGAAAACACAUUGUGUUGACAUUAAAGGGAGGCCAUCAAAAUAACUUUGUUCUUUUUAAUCUGAACACGAGAAAGGUAAAUAAACCAAAAGCGCCAAAUCUUGACGGGAAGGCAGACACCUGGAAUUUCCUUGAAAACGACGACUUCGUGGCUAUUAAAGGGGACCCAGUAUACAGGGUUUACAUAUUUUCUAGUUGCAUAAAGGAUAGCGACAAAUGGAAUUGCAAAAAGAUGAUUGAGUUGGGAUACUACACUCAGAGUUACAUAUUUUCCAAUGGAAAAUUAUUAUCGAUGGCUGCGGGAACCACGAUUUUGUCUCAAUGGAAUUUAAAAAAUUUGGACUUUGAACAGCAAUACAUGCUAAACAAAUUUCGAUUUCGACCAAAUAUUGCGAUGAAUAGAGAUUCUACAUUGUUGGUGCUUUUUGGAUUGGUGUACAAAUCAUAUGAUAAAACCUCGUAUAAGUUACUUGUUUAUUCAAUGGAACUUGGAAUAAUGCUGGCACAAAGAGAAUAUCCUCAUGAGUACGAAGUAUAUUUCAUUGGAACCGGUGUGGGAGAACGAAUAAUCAUGGUAUGGCCACUGGAAGACAAAUGUGAAAUAAUCGACCCUUAUUCUCUUACAAAUCCAGUGGAUGCUACGAAACUCUUUGAAAGGACAAAAGAUGCAGUGGUUUCCAGGGUGACGCGACCAUACGUAAUACAAUCUGACAGAAUCGUCGGCUGGUUUGAAGGAAACCUAUACGUUCAACCACUGAUACGAGAGAAUUGGGUUGACUAUUUAAGAAAUAAUCUGAAAGAUUAUGGUAGCAUCGGUUCUCCAUACGGAGCUGUGCGAAUUAAAAAAAUGAUUGACGAAGCCGUUGGCUUGCAUAAAAAUGGCAAGCAAGUUGUUCUUCCGAUCCAAAGAACUUCGUUUCAUGGGACUUUAUUGAAAUGGGACGUCGUAAUAAAAGAAAAUGAUAUUUCCUUGGUAGCACAUGAAUUGGAUGUCAAGACAAAGGAAUGGAAGAAAAUGGAGAAAAGUAUCUUUUUACUGUUUGGAGAACUGAGAAAAUUUAAGGACAAAUUGAUCAUGAGCUGCGCCCUACUCGAGAACGAGAACUUGGCUAUGGCAACAAUGUGCGGAAUUUAUGUAUGGACGGUCAAAUCAAACUUUGGAAUUAGACUGCAUUAUUUUUGGGACAAUGAAAUGAAGCGCAGGAAUUUCGAGUAUCAUAAUAUAAUCAACAUGCUAAAUGAAUUUUUGCUUAGUUGCAACCGUGAUUCGAAAAAAUUUCUCCCUGCAAUUCGUUUUGAUCUGUGCAUGAGUGAGAAAAUGGAGGAACAUGGCAGUAUAAACUACUUCGCACCAAGCAAUUUUCGGGAGUUAAUAGAAGACUAUAGACACGAAAAAAUGUUUCUUGCACACUAUGGACUACAGUGGAUAGAGAAUUUGAUAAAGUUUAAACGAGAUGGAUUGAUUGAAGACCUAUUUCGAACAUGUAUCGAAUUAAGCAUUAAAAACGACGAAGGUUAUACGACAAAUUUAGAAUUACUAAGUAUUAUCACCAUUACUUUUCCCGAAAUAUCUCGAAACUACGCGGCAUAUGUUUCAAAUUUUUUAUCUCAAAUUGCCUUCAUUGUGCCCUUCAACAUCAGAGAAUUUUUGAUCAAGAGUCACUCAACUUUACCACAUCUCCAUCAUUAUGGAUUUUACGCUCGGAUUUCAAAAACCACGUUAUUUGAUAUUAUUCUCUCUUGGAUUUUAGGUCGUUAUAAAAAUUGUAUCAAAACUCAUCUUCAAUUUCAUAGCUUCAUUAAAAAUAAGGUUAUGUUGCCUCUCGUUAACAUAUAUAAACAAGAACCUAAUCCAACCAUCCAACUAAUUAUUCCCCUACCUAAAUUUGUUACCUACCCUUGUCCUUAUAACCCCUUGGUUGACUUUAUUUAUCCGGCUACCAGUUCCUUUGCAAAAUCGACGAACAUUGAUUUAUAUAAGUUGUGGAUUGGCGAAGCUCUCCUUAAUUUUAAAUGGAAUACCUACGGAAGGACGUAUUACCUGAUUACGUGGGCUAUCUACACUGUGUAUCUUUGCGAUUUUGUGAUCACGGCAAUCUUGUCCGAUCAAAUUUCAUGGCGCUCCCUGCAAUUUUUAUUGAAGAGUGUGAUUGGGCUUGGAAUUUAUCACUUAAUUUUUGAACUUCGUCAAUUUAUCUUCUCUCCACUCUCUUAUAUGUCAAGCCUUUGGAAUUACUUGGACUUGGGCGCGAUCAUAUUCCCAAUGUUGACUUCACAUAUAUGGCUUCAGGAUGAAUCCAUUCCGAUCUGGGGAGCUACCAUUUCAACUUUACUGCUUGAGUUGAAAUUUUUAUCUUACUUUCGCGCGAUAGAAUAUUUUGGAGUUUACUUUGCGAUGAUAGUUGGAGUUGCCCGCAGUGCAUUCUCUUUUCUAUUCAUUUUGGGGUUCAUCAUUUUUGCAUUCGCGAACUCUCUCUACCUCUCAUUAAGGCCAAACAAUUCAGAUGACACAUCCAGUGAAUCUCUUGGUACAAGCGCAGAUAUGUUUUCCAACUAUUUCGAGGCUCACGUGAACAAACUUCGUGAAGUAGUAAGAAAAAUUCAGACCGAAAAUUGGCAAGAUCUCGACAAACCUUUUAUUUCUCGAGCUGUAUUGAAUGCGAUCCAAGUAAGCGCUGUGGAAUCCGAAGAGUUAAAGCUGAGCAAUGACUUCCUGAAAGAAAUGAAAGCAUCGAUUCAGGAAUCAAAGGAUGAGAUUAAGAUCUUAAUUGAAGAAUUGAAAGGAAUGAUGAGCAGAUGA